AUGCCUCUUCCCUUAUGUCGAUGUCGUGUUUUGUACAUUGGAAGUUCGGUGCCAACAAUCACGAAAGAUGGAUUGCAGGGUAUUCAGCAGCCAUUGAGAGAGAGAUAUCCGAUUGAUGAGUCGCCAGAUACAAGGGGAAUUGACUCAUGGUAGGGAAUUUCAGACAUAUUUUCAAAAAUUUUUUUACACGUUUCAAAAUCAUUCAUUGUUUCUCACGUGACCUCAUUCUUAAAAAUCAAAAUCAUUUUCCAAAUUUUUCAGGCUCUCUGUUUGGUCAAAUGGAAUCCUACUGGAAUACAUCGAGGGCGAAAAGAAAUCUGAAACUGCAUUUUUCCCAAUCAACACUCUUCAUUAUUGUGCAGCAGUUAGAUAUGUUAAUGUUAGCGGAUAUUCUGUUGAAGGUAAGGAUUUUCAAAAAAACACAUUUUAGAAAUAAAAAACUAUAAGGAAUACUGUAGCCCUGUGAGAAAAAUCUGAAUUUUUUGCAGGCGGCGGUGAGCGUUUUCUUCCGCUCGACAGUCCAUUUGCAAAUAUUCCCGAUUCUCCACAUCCACCAAUUUUCGCUGCAAUUCUUCGACGAACAACUGGUGUGAAAGUAUUAGAAUGUCAUGGUUUCAUUUGCACAAAUAAUAAGGCUGCAAAUGCACUUGUUAGAUGUUGUUUUCAUGCGUAUGCAGAUUCAAUUUAUUUGAAAAUGGAGGAUAAAAAUCCGGGAUUGAAAGCGAUAAAAGAGGGAUCAAUGGGUGAAAGAUCACCAGAUUCACCGAAUUCUGAAGAGAUUGAAGAAGAUCCGACGAAUGAAUAUGAGGAUGAAGCUAGAUUAGAGAAAGGUGUUAAGGUGAGAGAGAGAGAGAGAGGGAAGAGUAGGGGAGAAACAAUUGACUGUUUCAAUAAAUUCAGAAAUUAUUUGUGACAGAUCUGAAUAUUUGGUAAAGUUUUCAUGUCACCUGUGACACUUAUUUACAAAAAUAGUUUUUUGAACACAAAAUUUUGAAUAAAAAAGUUUUCCGCGAUCAGAUUCGAGUCUAAUUCAGAAUUUCGUUUGGUUUUAAAAAAUACUGGAAAAAUCCAAAAACUGAAUUUUUUUUUUCCAAAGACCAUCCAAAAAUGCUCAAUUUAUUUUGCAGAACUGGUCUGAACCAGCUCGCCGCCAACAAGAUGGAGAAUAUGACAGUGUUUCAAUUUCCUCUUCAAUGAUCAAUAAAACAAAUCCAAAAAAGGCGGCCAGUGAGAAUGGAGCAAAUCGUGGAGCUCUCGUGCCAUUUGACGAUUUCCCUCAACAUCCAUUUCAUCAACAACCAUUCCAUCCUGGAACUCUUCGUCGUUCUGGAUCAGAUAAUGAUUUACAAGGACCUGGACCAGGCUUUUUCCCGCCUCCACCAAUGGGUCAUCAUCCAAUGAUGAUGCCACCUCCACAUUUCUUCCCACCUCCACCAAGAGGUUAUAUGGGACCACCUCAUCCAAUGUUUAUGGGUCCUCCACCUCCACAUUUCCGUGGUCCAAUGUUUCCGCCUCCACCAAUGGGUAGAAUGAUGCCCCCUCCACCGCAUUUUAUGGGUGGCCCUCCACCGGGUAUGUAUGGACCUGGUCGAAUGCCUCCUCCACCAUUCUUCUUCCCUCCGCCGCCACGUGGACAAAGUCCACAAAUGGAUUCGGGUCCGAUUAUUACUGGACCCGAAAGUGUUUAUGGAACAAUGAGAAGGCCGGGAGCAUAUGAAGAGCCGGCUUAUAUGACAACACAAGGAGCUGGAGUGCCUGAGGCCAGUUAUCAACCGGCUAAUUAUCCGCAAGAUCAAUAUGAAUCAUAUUAUGACACUUUCAAAAAGCGAAAUGGAACUAUUGGCAAAAAAGUGAGUUAGCCUUUUUUAAAUUCAGAAAAACCUUAUCUUAAUUUGUUUUUUUUUCCAAAUUUUGAAAUUUUUCUAAAUUGCAACGUGGAAUUUUAAAAUUCAUUUUUCCUAUUUUUUUUGAGUUUCGAUAAAUUUUCCAAAUUCUUUUGAAUAUGAGAAAUCGGCUCAUCAAAAUCCCCCAAAUUCAAUAUAAAUUUUUUGAAACGUACAUUUUUGCAGCCAACCGAUGGUGGAUCAAUUUCUUCCUCUCAACCACGUCAAAAUGGCGGCGGCGCAGAUUCUUCGUUGUGGGACCAAUAUGAAGCUGGAAUCUAUCGUAAACCACAUAUUAACGAAAAAGCAUUUUCUGGAACUUUGAGGUAACUUUUUUGAAAUGGUGAUUUUUCUUCAAAAAAAAAAUUUUUUUAUAGAAGUAUGGCAGCCAAAGAUACCAGCAAUGCCACAUUAAAUCGAUCUGAACACACUGAAGUUGCUUCUCAAACUGUUGAAGCAGAGAUUUCUCGACCAGACUCACCUCCCGUAGAUUAUGAAGCAUUUGAGCGAAUGAAAUUGGCUGGUGAAAAAAGAGCGCCGCCAGUUUACUAA